AUUGCCUAACAGAAAUAUACAACAGCCAUCAAGAAACAUUUCAUUCGCCUAGGAUUUUUAAUACUUUGUGACUUUGUUGCUUGCAUGUUUGCUGUAGGUAAAAUGGGGAAGACUGUGUUUAUUUCCAUAAUCGUUUCUUCAUUGAUUUUCAUAGCGACAGCACUCUCGCCAAUAGCUUGUCCGAAAAAUGCCAGAUAUAGGACAAUUGAUGGGUCAUGUAAUAACUUGAAAAAUCCCACUUGGGGGAAAUGUGAUAUCACUCUGAGAAGAUUGACUGACCAUCGUGGACAUCCAAUGGUGGCAUACGAAGACGGAAUAAGUCUUCCUAGAGGUUACCCGAACAAACUACCAAACCCAAGAACUGUCAGCAAUUUGGUAUCAGAUUCGACUUUAGGACCAAGGAAUCAGUAUGACCGAUGGAGAACUGGAGAGGUCAUGUGUUUUGGUCAAUUAAUAGCGCAUGAUUACAUUGAAACGGCUCCAGCGGCUGGUGUUAACUGCUGCAAUAACAAGGAUCCUAAUUUUGGCAAUAUUGAUGUUUGUUUUCCUUUCCAUAUUCCGCCGGGGGAUUCAAGUCUUCCACCAAGUUGUAAAAACUUAGUUCGAUCAAAAGCCGCUGAAAAAAACCAACACUCACCACCUUACAGGGAACAAGUGAACUUGAUAACUUCAUACAUUGAUGCUUCUUUUUUGUAUGGCAGUAGGAAGGGUGUCGCAGUAUCAGUAAGGAAACCAAACAGUUUCCUAAUGAAGGUAGAUCCCGGAAACCUUUUGCCAUCUAUCUCUGGUGGAGGUUGUCUUAAAGAUACACCUAGCGUCCGCUGUCCGUUUGCCGGUGACAGUAGAAGUGUGGUGGUUCCAUAUCUUAGUCUAAACCAUUUGCUAUUUGUCAGGGAGCAUAACCGAUUGUCUACACGACUGAAAAAGCUAAACUCAUGCUGGAGCAACGAAAAGGUUUUCGAGGAAACUCGCAGAAUCAUCAUUGCUCAAUUGCAACACAUUGUCUACAACCAUUUCUUACCAGCUGUUCUAGACAAAUAUACCAUGAGAAAAUUUCACUUGUACUCUAGGAGAUGGGGUCAUAAUGAUAUAUACAAUGAUCGAGUCGAUGCGUCGAUUUUCAGCAGCUUUAGUGGGGCAGCUGCUCGUUAUGGUCAUUCUCAAAUAAUGCCUGAUGCGUCCGAAUUAAAGGAUGAUUUUUCUACGGUUAUUACUCACAAACUUGAGGACACUUAUUUCAAUCCUUAUUUAAUGCAACAACACUAUGGAUCAAAUAUUAAAGAUCUUACUAGAUGGAUUGCUACAAAACAAUCACAAAAAGUUGAUACUUUCUUUGUAGACGCAGUUCGUAAUAAACUAUUCUCGAACAGGAAUCCACCAGGUUCAGAUCUAUUUGCAAGAAAUAUACAGCGAGGACGUGAAGAAGGACUUCCUGCAUACAAUGAGUGGAGGAACUAUUGUGGGCUCAGAAAAUUUACAUCUUUUCAUGAGUUCGGUUAUUUUGGAUCUGCACUUUCAAGUGUAUAUAAGUCAGUAAACGACGUUGAUUUGAUUGUCGGUGCACUUUUAGAGAAGGGAAGAGGUGGAAGCGUUGGUCCAACGUUUGCUUGUAUAUUGGGUAUACAGUAUUCUCGUUUGAAGGUUGGUGACAGAUAUUGGUAUGAAUCAGCUGACCCUCUCUUUGCUUUCACAAAAGCACAGUUGAACUCUAUUAAAAGAGCCACUUCAUUAUCCAAAAUAUGGUGUACAAACUUUGGUAUUGAAUUUAUACAAAAGAACAUAUUCAAAAUUCCACGAAGAUCUAAUAAACUCCGACAUUGUAAGAGUAUUCCAGACAUUAACUUGUACUUGUGGAAAGACCAUAGUUGUUCUUCUAGUUCUUAUCACCAAGUUUACUCGAGUAAACGUUAUUCAAAAUAAAUGAUGCGUAUCAGCACUUUGA